GCCAUUAGUUCGCCGCGUGCUUUCGUUCGAUUGACAGUGUCGUGAUUUGGUACUGUCUGUGCCGACGGUUCUCCUGUGCACCACAGAGCCUUGCAGUGACGAAGGCGUGAUGUAGAGUCAAACCAGUGAAAUGCGAGCUAGAGGUACGCUUGCGACGUGUGGCGAGGUGUUCCACUAAUACAGCAGGCUCUAGUGUAUUUUUUUAAUUCCUGUUUCUUCGUGCCGUUCUUUCUUCCGCGAUAGCAUCGUCGCUGUCGCCGCCGCUCAACAUCACGUUCCCCUGCGCGCCACAGUAGUCGUGCUGGUAUUUUGCUGCAUCAGCAGUGAGCAAAAAUGGAGUUGUGCAUUUGAAACUCAUCGUAAAUACGGUAGAAACAGUGUAAAGAAAACAAGAAUAAUUCAAUAAUUGAUUGAAUAAUAAAUAAAAUCCGUUUUGAGCUGUCGCAGUUGGCUACUGUCGAAGUCGUGGAGUAUUUUGGGCUGCCCUGGCUAAAUCUGACACGAAUCAUAUGGGAAUUGGAAUAAAUUCAGUCCUCAAUCGGCAUAUACAGAACGAGUUUUGGUGCAUCGACUUUGUGUAAAAGUGAAAUAAGUGAAUUCCGUUCAAAUUGUGCGACGUUAUCUAUUCGUCCAAUGAAAAUAACAUGUUCACUUACAGCACCGUUUCGUAAAACUAAUGCGAAAAUUUGUUCUGCCUACAUCUGAAAUUCAUGAGUGUUCCGAUAAGUUAAAUACUUCCAGCGAAUAGAGUGUACACCCACAUCCAACGUCGAAAAGUUUGUGAUCCAGAAAAAAAUCAAGUGAAGUUUACAGGCCUCGAAAAAAGGAGAGUGGAGAGCAAGAAUUAAAUUUGAUUGAAUUUAUUGAGCAUUCGUCCGCAAUUAAUAUGCGCAAGCCGGUUUGAAAAUUGUGUUCGAGUAUUUUUUGCAUCGAAUAGCAGCCUUAGGCCUUGUGCAAUUGUGCGCCUGUAGAGCAUCGCGACCAACGAGAUCUUCGCAACGUGGUUUGUGUUAGUGCAUCGGUGCUAGUGCGUGCGAGAUUCGAAAGUAGCAGCUCCGAAGGCAGCCAUGCUAUUCUGAAAAAGUUAAACCGGGUUGUGGUUGUAAAGUUUUGCCAGAUGCAGAAAAAAAUCAAGUGAAGUUUACAGGCCUCGAAAAAAGAAGAGUGGAGUAUAAGAAUUAAAAUUGAUUGAAUUUAUCGAGCAUUCGUCCGCAAUUAAUAUGUUCAAUAUGUGCAAAUAUUUUUUGCAUUGAAUAGCAGUCUUGUGUGAUUGUGCGCCUACAGAGCAUCGCGACCAACUAGAUCUUCGCAACGUGUUUUGUGUUAGUGCUUUGGUGCUAGUGCGUUCGUGAUUCGAAAGAAUCAACUCCGACGGCAGCCAUUCUAUGCUCAAAGUGUUAAACCGGGUUGUGGCUGUAAAGUUUUACCAGUGAGAAGCCGUGGAAAUCAUUAAUUCAAUCUGAAUUACAGCAAGUUUGCAGCAAAAGUUUUCGGUGGAAAUAAAAAAAGCCAGAAAGGGGAUAACCCACUGCACCGACAUCAAUCAGCUGUCACACGAAAAGAAAACAACUCAUAUUCUACUCGUUGGUUUAAUCUGCACACAUACGGCAAGCUUUGUACCCCAGCAGAGCAGAUAACAGGCACCCGUCUCUGUGCUGUGCGCGUAUCACCGUUACAUCCUGCGCUCUAUUUCGAAGAUGCUCCGGUGGUUUAACAUGAGCUAACAUUAGCCGAAGAUGGUCCCAGUCGUGGGAGGAGUGUCACGAGCGCGGUUAUUUACCAGUCUAGUACUGGUCCUCACGGCAGUGGUAACGCGCGCUCUCGGCGACCCCACUCAAGUUUUUCAAAAUGCUAGCCCCAAUCAACAGUUACUGCCGCAGGACGAACAGCAACGGGAUGAUACAUCCACGAAGGACAAGUAUACGUUUCAGUUUAGCCACACGGUGUACAACGUAUCGAUACCGGAGAAUAGCGUCGGUAAGACGUACGCAAUCCAACCUCCAAACGAAGACCGGAUGGGUAUCUACGUGACACCGGAUCUGGAUGUUAAGUACAAAAUAGUUAGCGGCGAUAAGGACAAGUUUUUCAAGGCGGAGGAACGGUUAGUGGGUGAUUUUGCAUUUCUCGCGAUUCGGUUGCGGACUAGUAGCGCCGUUUUGAAUCGAGAAAAGGGUGACAGCUACCGAUUGGAGGUCAAAGCAACUGCCACCAAACGUGAGGGCAGGCUCGAAGCGGACACUGUGAUCGAUGUAAAGGUGCUGGACACCAAUGAUCUUAGUCCGUUAUUCUAUCCCACAGAAUAUUCCGUUACGAUACCGGAAGAUACUCCCCUGCACAAGAGCAUCCUCCGAGUUAUUGCAGACGAUGCAGAUUUGGGCUUGAAUGGCGAGAUUUACUACAGUAUUGUCGAGGAAACGGAACAGUUUGCAGUUCAUCCUAGCACCGGAGUAAUAACGCUAACGAGACCCCUCCGGUUCACUGACCGAUCCUUUCACGAACUCACGGUAACGGCCAAUGACCGAGGUAUUGGAUCAACUAGUCGGAGUCAAGCCAGUAAGGCAAGGGUGAAAAUAAAAAUUCGGCAGGUCAAUUUAUUUUCACCGGACAUUUACGUACAGGCUUUGCCGGAUAUUUUGGAAGAUUCGAGCACUAACAUUUUCGGCAUUGUUCGUGUGGAGGAUAAGGAUAAGGGAGUCCACGGGCAAAUCAAAAGUUUGGACAUAGUCGAUGGUGAUCCGGAUGGCCAUUUCCGUAUAAAAACAACAACACGGCAAGGAGAAUACGUAAUAGAAGUUCAUAGGUUGCUGGAUCGAGAGACUGCUCCGCAGGGUUAUAAUCUGACACUUAGAGCAGUAGAUCGUGGUAUCCCUUCACGACAAAGCUACAAAGUGAUACCGGUACAUUUGGCAGACAGCAACGAUAAUGCUCCAGUAUUCAACAGAGAAAUUUACGAAGUUUCCGUAUUAGAAACAUCUCCACCCAACACUCCUGUGAUAAGACUGAAAGUGACCGAUCGAGAUGAGGGUAAGAACGCUCAAGUUUUUCUGGAGAUUGUUGGAGGCAACGAAGGCGGAGAGUUUAGGGUUAACCCCGAAACAGGAAUGUUAUACACAGCCGUUCCUCUUGAUGCUGAGAUGAAAGCUUUCUACACGCUGACCGUGUCAGCAAUCGAUCAAGGAAAUACAGGUACUCGAAAGCAGUCUUCCGCAAAGGUGAAGAUCAAUGUUCAGGACACAAACGACAAUGAUCCGAUUUUCGAAACUAACAACAUGACAAUAUGGGUUGAUGAAAAUGAACCUGCUGGAACGACUGUCACGAAAGUGACGGCUCGUGACAAGGACUUAGGCGAGAAUGCAUACAUAUCCUAUAGUAUAGCGAAUUUAAACGACGUUCCAUUCGAUAUCGAUCACUUUUCCGGAGUUGUGCGUACAUCCAAACUAUUGGAUUACGAAAGCAUGCGACGGGAGUAUAUUUUAAGAGUGCGAGCAUCCGAUUGGGGACUACCAUAUCGGCGGCAAACCGAAAUGCAACUGAUUAUAAAGUUGCGUGAUGUAAACGACAAUCGACCACAGUUCGAGCGAAUUGACUGUAUUGGACGAAUCCCACGGUAUACUCCGAUCGGGACAGAAAUAUUCACCUUGUCUGCGAUGGAUUUUGAUUAUGGUAGCGUAAUCACGUACCGUAUGGUUUCCGGGAACGAAGAUGGAUGUUUCAACUUGGAUCCAGGAACGGGAAUCAUCUCGAUUGGUUGUGACUUGAACGAUGUCGGUGUUGAGUUUCGGGAGAUAAAUGUAACGGCGACAGACGGAACUCACUUUGCCGAUACGGCGAGAAUACAGAUAAACUUGAUACGAAACAAACGAAACCUGGGUGGAAACUUAAAAGCCGACGAUGGUGCUAAUUUUGAGUGUCGUGAAACUGGGGUAAGGCAAAGGCUUGUCGACAUACAAGCAUCCGCCGAGCGGAACAAUAUGCCCGGUCGGGACACCAGCAAUGGUGAUGACUUUGCCAUGAUGCCAAGCAGGUAUGGAGAAAACGUCCAUGCACCCGAAUUCGUCGACCUUCCGCUAGAAGUGAAAGUCAACGAAUCCAUUCCACUAGGCACGACUAUUACUUGGAUAAAAGCGAGGGAUCGCGAUCUAGGCUACAACGGAAAACUUGUAUUCGGAAUAUCCGGAGGUGAUGAUGACUCCGUCUUCCGUCUUGAUCCAGACAAUGCAGAGCUAAAAAUAAUAGGAUAUUUAGACCGUGAACGACGAGACGAAUAUCUUCUAAAUAUCACGGUGUACGAUUUAGGAAGACCUCAGAAAUCCAUCUCCAAAGUGCUACCUAUUACGGUUCUGGAUGAAAACGAUAAUGUGCCACGUUUCGAAAAAUCUCUCGCUAGCUUUCGUGUAACUGAGAAUGCGUUGAACGGAACAAUAAUCUUCCGUGUGAAUGCUACCGACGCCGAUCUGGGAAACAACGCAAAGAUCACAUAUGGUCUUAUCACUGACACUAAAGAUUUUCGCGUUGAUCCUGAGACCGGAAUUCUGUCAAUAAUCGCGCCGUUGGAUCGCGAACGACACGAGGUCUAUGAACUGAGAAUUCGCGCAACCGAUGGAGGUGGUGACCAGAACACUCCUGCCUUGUAUUCGGAAGCAUUAGUGAGAGUAACUGUUGACGAUAUCAACGAUAAUGCGCCCGAAUUCAGUAUUCAAAACUUGAACGUUCGUAUUCGGGAAGAUGUACCCAAAGGUACGGUGAUAUCAGUGGUGUCAGCAAUCGAUUUGGACAGUGGUCCUAGUAGUGAAAUUCAGUACAGCUUCGGUGAAAAUGGUGAUGGUGAAGGUUCUUUCAAAAUUGACAAGUUGUCCGGAACGAUUCGGACGGCAAAGAUGCUGGAUUUCGAAGAGCGUCAGAUUCAUAGCUUGGUGGUGAAGGCUAUUGACCGAGGAAUACCUUCGUUAUCUUCUGAAACCUCGGUGAUUGUGGAAGUGAUUGAUGUUAACGAGAAUCGGUACGCUCCACAGUUUGAAGAUUUUGUACUAACAGGAUCGAUCACGGAGAAUAAACCUCCCGGAGCACACGUGAUGCAGGUUUUAGCCAAGGAUCUUGAUCCGCCUGGACCGGAUUCCAGAGUGAGCUACUCGAUCAAAGGUGGCGAUGGUCUCGGCAUUUUUGCUGUUGAUAAUGAAGGUAUCAUCCGGACACUGGCCUCUCUGGAUUUGGAAUCCAAGCCAAGCUACUGGCUGACGGUAUGUGCUCAGGACCAGGCGGUGGUGCCAUUGCACUCGUGUGUUCAGGUGUUUAUUCAACUACAAAACGAGAACGACAAUGUGCCUCUGACAGAAGAAGCCGUCUACUAUCCUUCGGUCCCGGAAAGUAGCCCGAACGAUGUAAAGGUCCUUCAGUUGAUAGCCGAGGACCGCGACAUUGACCCAUUACAGCAAAUUUCUUAUCGCAUAACUUCAGGCAAUCCGGAAGGAUACUUCGCCAUCAAUAGCACUAGCGGUUUAAUUACCACUACUGCGAGGAAGCUUGAUAGAGAGAACCAGUCUGAGCACAUUCUUGAGGUUCUGGUGAUGGAUAAUGGCGCCCCACAACUUUCAUCCACGACCCGCGUAGUCGUACAGGUAGAGGACGUGAACGACCACGCACCAGAAUUCGAUCAAAAACUGUACAAAGUUCAGAUACCAGCCAACGCAAAAAUUGAUCAGGCACUGUUCCAGAAUGAUUACGCAAGUGGAUUCGACCGCUUCGAGCCGGACCAGCAACCGGAAGUAGAUUUCGGCCUAAUGCAAUCGGAUCCGGAUACCGGACUCGAGCAAGCUACGUGGGAGAGCUAUCCGGAUAAAAAUUUCCGUGGACUGCAAAUGGUUCUCAGGGUACUGGCCACCGAUCAGGACAUUGGCGAAAAUGGUCGCGUCACCUAUUCCAUCAAAUCUGGCCGCGGGAAGGCGAAAAAAUUCCGCAUCGAUCCAGACACCGGAAUCAUCUAUGCGGCCAAAUUGUUCGAAGUGGACACUGAGUAUGACUUGUUAGUACGUGCCGAGGACAACGGGGUGCCGAAAAAAUCCCAACAGGCCAGAGUAAGCGUAGCGGUCGUAGAUGUGCCAGAUAAAUCGGACAAUCCACCGGUGCUGAAAACCAUCGACCAGCACGUUGAGUUAACGGAAAGUGACACACCUGGCUUCCUGGUGGCACUGAUUCAGGCCAUCGAUUACGAUGGUGAACAACUGUGGUUCGAUAUAGUCGGCGGAGACGAGCGCAAUGAAUUUUACAUUGGUCGAGACAACGGGAACGUACUGUUGGCGAAACAUUUGGAUUGGGAAACCCAAAAAGAAUACAAUCUGACAAUAAGCAUCUCCGACGGGGUACAUGUUGUUUACACGCAACUGUACGUUUCGGUAAUUGAUAUAAACGAUCACCGGCCGGAAUUUACGGAAUCGCUCUACCGCGUCGAUAUCUCCGAGAACAUUGAGGAAGGGACCGAGGUGCUACAGUUGCACGCGACUGAUGCGGACGAGGAUAAGAAGUUGUUUUACAGCUUGCACGCGGCACGUGAUCCAGUUUCAUUGAAACUGUUCCGGGUGGACUCGGUUACUGGCAGUAUCAUAAUGGCUCAUAAAUUGGACCGGGAAGCUCUAACGGAACACGUGUUGAUAGUGAUUGUGAAAGACCAGGGAACACCAGCAAAAAGGAAUUACGCUAAAGUCAUUAUAUCUGUACACGACCAUAACGAUCACGCGCCGGAAUUUACCAGCAAAAUUGUGCAAGGAAAAGUUUAUGAAACGGCUGCAGUCGGAACAAAGGUUGUUCAGGUGUAUUCCAUUGACAGGGAUAUUGGCGAUAACGCCAAAAUUACCUACUCUAUUGUUAGUGGUAACAUUGGAAAUGUUUUCAACAUUGACCCAAACAUGGGUUUGAUCAGCGUAGCCAAAGAGCUGGACAUCAGUUCUCUUUCCGAAUACAUGCUUCAGGUUAAAGCCACCGAUGGGGGUAAACCUUCGUUAUCAUCGCAAAUUCCAGUGCACGUCAUGAUCAAUAUGGCCGACAAUGCUCCGCCGCGAUUUAGCACUACGGAUGCAGCCGCUGAAAUUUAUGAAAACCUGCCUAUCGGAACGUUUGUAAUCCAUAUUGAAGCUCGCAGCACUUCCUCUUUGCAGUUCGAAAUCAUAGAUGGUAACGUUAACGACAUGUUCUUUAUCAACCCAUCAACCGGAGUGAUCACUACGAAAGACAUCCUAGACUACGAAAACAACAAAUUUUACAACCUAACCAUUUGUGCUACCAACAUGGCAUCCGCCAAUGCAACGUGCGCCGUCAUAAUCAAUGUUUUGGAUCGCAACGAUAACGUCCCGUACUUUGAACAGCAGAUUUACAAAGGAGAAGUAUCCGAGGCAGCUCCGGUGGGUUCACUGGUGCUAACACUGAACGAGAAUUCGUCUUCUACCGGCCAACUGUUGGUCAAUGCGUCUCUGCCACUCGUAAUCAAAGCCAAGGAUAUGGAUUCUGGUCUGAACGCUUUGUUGCAUUACGAUAUUCUGGAGAUGUUACCGAAGCGUUACUUCCACAUCGACUCUAGUACCGGUGCUAUCAAGACGAUCAUGUAUUUGGACCACGAGAAGAUCCCGUUCUUCAGUUUUCACGUAAAGGUAACUGAUCUGGGCAAACCCCGCCUAACUUCGGAGACUACAGCUGAAGUUCAAAUCUUCAUUAACGACGUAAACGACUGUGCUCCUGCCUUUUCCCAGAAGGAAUACAACGUAACACUACUGCUUCCUACGUACGAAAACGUUGCUGUUAUCCAGGUAAAUGCCACGGAUCAGGACAGUUCGGAGAACUCUACCCUUCGAUACGACAUAAUCGAGGGUAAUCGGGAUGGCGUGUUUAUUAUUGAUGCCGGUAAUGGCAUCAUAACCACGCACGACGUCGAAAGCAUCGGUUCAUACUAUAAGUUAGGUGUUCGAGUUUCUGACGGAAAGUUCUCGAAGGUCGCUUAUGUCAUCAUCAACGUGGAGACGUCGGAAAACUCGGGGUUGAUAUUCCAAAAGUCGAUUUAUGAAGGAUCCAUCUUGGAGAACAGUACGAAAAUUUCCACGGUUACGGUUGUCAAUGUGCUGGGAUCCAAUCUAAAUGAACAUAUCGAGUUUAGUAUACUAAAUCCGACAGACAUGUUCAAAAUUGGAUUGACAUCUGGGGCGAUUCAGACAACAGGGAAAAAGUUUGAUCGAGAGGUGCGCGAUAAUUAUGAACUGAUUGUCGAGGCACGCUCACAGCUACCAGAUAGGGAGAAACCACGAAUAGCACAUGUGAUUGUUAAUGUAACGAUUCUAGAUAUCAACGAUAACUGUCCGAUGUUUGUAAAUUUGCCGUACUACGCAGUAGUUUCGGUGGAUGACCCCCGUGGCUCAGUGAUUACAAAAGUGCACGCGCUUGAUCUGGACAGUUACGAGAAUGGGGAAGUGCGAUAUGAAAUGAAACGUGGACAUGGUGAACUUUUUAAAGUGGAUCGUAAGACAGGAGAAGUAACAUUAAAACAAACUCUCGAGGGUCACAACCGGGAUUAUGAAUUACUGAUUUCCGCUUACGAUGGAGGAAUUACACCAUGUUCGACUGAUGUGACUGUACACGUGAAGGUGAUUGACAAAUCGAUGCCAGUGUUCAGCAAACAGUUCUACUCGGACACGGUGGCGGAAAACAUCGAACUACACUCGCCGCUGUCGGUUGCGAUUCAGGCGGAAAGCCCACUGGGCCGGAAACUGAUCUAUAGCAUCGUAAAGGGAAACGAUAUGGAGGAGUUUGCUGUCGAUUUCAACACAGCGCCGGACAGUACGAACGGCCCAUGUGCGAUCUACGUGGUGGACGAGUUGGACUACGAGCAGAAGCAAAGUUAUGAACUUUUGAUUAGAGCAACGGAUAGCGUUUCCGGUGUAUCGGCGGAAGUGCCAGUAUCGGUGUUGGUACAGGACGUCAACGACUGUCCACCGGAGAUCGAGCAGGACAGCUAUAAUAUCACCGUUUCUGAGCGCGCCCAGUUCGGUACGGCAAUACUGAAGGUUCAGGCGAAGGACAACGACACCGGAAUAAACCAAAUCAUAACAUACGCACUGCAAACGGACUCCAAGAAUACCUCUGAAUACUUCCACAUGGAUCCAACGGAUGGUGUCAUCUAUCUGAAGAAAUCGUUAGACCACGAAACGCUCAGCAAUCAUCACUUCACGGUAAUCGCUAGUGACAAGGGCGUACCGAGUCUCAGCUCGACCGCACACGUUUGGGUGUCAGUGAUGGACAUGAACGACAAUCCGCCAAAAUUUGAGCAACCCUCGUACACCUGCGUACUAUCAGAACAUGCUACUCGGGGACAAUUUGUAACGGUGGUGUCGGCUUCCGACCCAGAUUACAUUGACCACGAUCGGCUCACGUACAGCAUUGCUCAAGGAAACGAACUGCAGACGUACGACAUUAACCCGGUCAGCGGGAUCAUCACCCUGGUAAAUAUGCAGAACUUUGCGGAGAAACAUGUCACUAUUUUGAAUGUGUCAGUCACCGACGGAGUGUACACCAGUUUCACACGGGUCAAAAUUUCGAUUCUGCCGGCAAAUUUGCACAAUCCCACCUUCGAGCACGUAUUCUACGAUGUCAAGGUGAAUGAGAAUCAACUGGCUGGGCGAUUGGUGACUACGGUGAAAGCCGAAGAUAAGGACUUUGGUGAGUAUGGUCGAGUUACGUAUAGCAUCAUAUCGGAUGAGAUACAGGAGUACUUCUCGAUCGACAAAGAGAAAGGCGAGAUUGUGACAAAGAAAAAACUUGAUCGUGAAGAGAAAAAGCUGUAUGAAGUGCCCGUUAUGGCUGUCGAUGCCGGUGGUCGGGCAGGGUUUACGAUGGUCCGUGUCAAUAUUGGUGAUGAGAAUGAUAAUGCACCAGAAUUUGUAUAUCGCGAAUACAAAGCACUCAUCCAAGGAAAUCUUACUGUAAACACAACGUUCUUCCGAGUAAAAUCAAUUGAUAUCGAUGACAACCAGAACGCAGUCGUCAAGUAUUCAAUAUUCGACUCGCAGAAUAGUGGAAUUAAAGACCUUUUCGGGAUUGAUGAGAAUACUGGGGGAAUAUAUUUGAAGAAAAGUGCUAUUCAAUGGGAAAACCAGCUCUUCCAGUUUUUUAUCCGUGCCAACGACGGUGGAGCCCCUUCUCAGAACAACGACGUCCCGAUAGACAUCUACAUCAUGAGCUCUUCCGACAAUCCUCCGGUUUUCGAGAAGAAGGAGAAACUACUCUUUUUAUCCGAAAGUUCACUUCCUGGUACAGUUAUAACGCGGCUAAAGCUGUCCGGCAAUGUUACGGCCAAGUAUCGCAUUCUUUCCGACGAGUUGGAGGAACCCCAGUUUUCCAUUAAUAAUGCAGGAGAACUAAGACUAGCCAAAACAUUGGAUCGAGAAACGAAGGACGUUCACCUGAUAGCGAUCCUUGCAGAGACUGAUUCUAGCCCACCCCUGACUGCAGUCACCGAAGUAGUACUUCACGUUCAGGACGAAAAUGAUAAUACGCCAAUGUUUGAAAGUAAUCCGUAUUCAUUUGUUCUGGCAGAAAAUAUCGAAAAAGGAAGCUCGAUAAUGAAACUAACAGCACGUGAUGCAGACAGUGGCUCCAAAGGAGGUAUCCAUUACUCAUUUUCUUCCGAUGUCGGAGAUAUUGUCAACAUAUUUGACAUUGACGCGUACACAGGAUGGAUCACAACCCUAGUUCCUCUGGACAAGGAGAAACGUGAAGACUACAAAUUCCAGGUAAUUGCAACAGAUAAUGGCCAGCCAAAGCAUUCCACGCGUACAACGGUGAUCAUUCGCUUGAAGGACUAUAACGAUUGUCCGCCAACGUUUAAAGAAACUCAGUAUAAUGCGAGUGUCAGUGAAGAUGCUCUUCCGGGAACGGUUGUUCUGCAGAUCGCUACAUUAGACGGCGAUAUCGACCUGAAGACCCCAAUCGAAUACUAUAUAAUUUCCGGUGAUCCACUUUCGCAAUUCCAGAUUAAGAACAGUGGAGAAGUUUUUGUUGUAAAACCAUUGGAUCGCGAAAGUAUCGCUCAGUAUGAACUUGGAGUCAUCGUUACUGAUGGGAAGUUCACUUCAACGACAAACAUUUCCAUCACGGUACAGGAUGCAAACGACAAUCCUCCUUAUUGCUUGAAGUACCGAUAUCGCGAACAGCUAAGCGAAGGAAUCCAUCCAGGUACAUUCGUGGUACAGAUUCAGGCUAACGACAUUGACGAGCCGACAAACAGUCGACUACGGUUCUAUCUAACCGGCAAUGGAGCCGAGGACUUCAACCUAGAUAAAGACUCCGGUCAGUUGAAAACGGCCAGGCAACUGGAUCGUGAAAGUCAGUCCAAAUAUCAUUUGAAGGCACAUGUGCAAGAUCGUGAUCAUCCUGGUUGGGAGUGCUCUUCUCAGAUUGAAAUUGUAAUCACUGAUUUGAACGACAAUCCGCCUGAUUUUUCAAUGAAUCCUUAUAGUGUCACGCUGCCAGAAGAUGCUGAAGUCGGAACUUUGGUCACAAAGAUUCAUGCAACGGAUGCGGACAUAGGCAUCAACCGGAAAAUUAAGUAUUUCUUCAUAGAUUCCUAUCGUGAUCACUUCCGACUUGCACCAGACAGCGGAAUUGUAACCCUUGCAAAGCCUCUCGACCGUGAAGUUAAAGCUGUAUAUAACUUAACAGUGCGAGCCACUGAUCAGGGUAUUCCAUCACUUUCUAACUCAGCCUUUCUAAUCGUAAAUGUACAAGACAUCAACGAUAAUCCUCCAGAGUUCACUUCCAAACAUUAUUUUGCUUCUGUCCCGGAAAUCAACUCUAUUGGUUCCGAGAUUUUAAAGGUUCUGGCUACCUCCAAAGAUACCGGUGUCAAUGCCGAGGUCUACUAUUCCAUUAUUGGUGGCAACGAGCAUCGUAAAUUUGCUAUGAACAAUAUAACUGGAAUCCUCUCGUUGGCUGAUACUUUGGACUACGAACGAGCAAAGGACUACUUUCUGACAAUACAAGCUGUGGACGGUGGAAUUCCUCCGUUGAGCAAUUUGGCAACAGUCAAUAUAUCUGUCACCGAUAGCAAUGAUAACUCACCACAAUUCACACAGAACUCAUACACGGCACGGAUUCGAGAAGAUGCCCAAAAGGGUGACAAGAUUCUACAAGUUCGAGCAAAUGACAUGGAUUCAGAGGAAAACGGACGGGUGAGCUACAAAAUAGAACGUGGGGAUCGAAUGGGUCAGUUUGUCAUUGAAGAAGCUACAGGAUACAUCUCCGUAGCCGGUACACUAGACCGUGAAUCGAUUUCUAACUACGUGCUUGAUGUUCAAGCGAGGGACAAUGGUUUUCCUACCCUUACAGCUUAUGUACUAGUAAAUAUUGAAAUCUCUGAUGCCAACGAUAAUCCUCCAAUGUUCACUAUACAGAACUACACCGCAGUCGUUCAAGAGGAUAAACAAAUAGGCUUCACGUUGCUAAAAUUCGAGGUUACCGAUGCAGAUGCUGCACCAAAUGCCGCUCCUUACACGUUCGACUUCCGAUCCGGUAACGAUGGAGGUGCAUUUCGAAUAGAGCAAGAUGGAAUUCUCCGGACAGCAUCCCGUUUCAACAGUAAGAUCAAAGAUUCCUACCAACUUCAGAUUCGUGUAUUCGACAACGGUACUCCACCCCUGUACUCCGACACCUGGGUAUCGGUUAAAGUGAUAGAAGAGUCCCAAUAUCCACCAGUGAUCACUCCGUUGGACAUUUCAAUCAACUCGUUCCUCGAUGAGUUCCCCGGAGGUGUAAUUGGGAAAGUAUUUGCCACCGAUCAAGAUCAAUACGACACACUCACGUUUAACCUUGCUCCAACAGCAGGAGUAUUGUAUUCGCCCGCAAACCUUUUCAAUAUAUCACGUAAUGAUGGCGUUCUUCAUGCUUUCCCUCGUUUGGAUGUCGGCGAUUAUCGUGUAAACAUCACAGUGUCAGAUGGGAAAUUUGCUUCGUACACAAUAGUGAAAGUGGCCGUCGAAUUGGUAACGGACGAUAUGCUGGCAAACUCCAUCGUCAUACGUUUUAUGAAAGUAAGUCCUGAAUCUUUCAUUCUUAGCCAUCGGAAAGGAUUUAUUCGUUCCGUACGAAAUUCAAUGGGAUGUAAAAUUAAAGACGUAGUGAUAAUCUCCGUGCAAAAAUCAAACGACGAGCUGAACAUGAUCCUCCAUCGAUUGGAGCGGGACUCUGGCCUGGGAAAUGUCACAAAUCAUCUAGGACAAAUGCGCUACCGACGCGGAACCAUCCAUGACUUGGAUGUGCUAUUUACUGUUCGCAAAGGACAGUCAGAUUUCUAUUCGGUUUACGAAAUUCGCAAAGCAAUCGAUGACAACCUAGAGGAGAUCGAGGACGCAACGAAACUGCAAAUAGACGAAGUUGUAAAAUCGAAAUGUCUACCGAGCUACUGUAUACACGGUGAGUGUGAAGACAAACUGGUUCUGGAUCCCAAAAUUGUUAAUCCCAUAUCGACGGAUGUGACCAGCUUCGUAUCGUCUCGGCACAUUCAUAAAAUGGAGUGUAACUGCAAAGAGGGCUACGGGGGAGAUAAAUGUCAACACGCAGUCAAUGAAUGCUCAAAAUCACCUUGUCCGAACUACAAAAACUGUGUGCCGGAUUCAUCUGAGCAAGGAUAUCACUGUAUCUGUCCAGAGGGCUUUGCUGGACAAAAAUGUGACCGGGAUAUAAGUAAAUGCAACGAUGAGACUUGCUACACCCCACGAAAUCCUGUAUCGUUUAGUGGUAAAAGUUAUGCACACUAUCGUAUUGACAAAGAAAUUGCUAAGAAGAAUUUAGAGGAUCAGCUAAUGUUGAGUUUGCGCAUUCGAACGGUACAACCAACUGGAAACAUCAUGUAUUCAGCUGGUAAGGUAGACUACAACAUUUUGGAGAUAGCAAAUGGAGUUAUCCAGUAUCGAUUUGAUCUGGGUUCUGGAGAAGGAAUGGUUAGUGUGACAAGCAUUUUUGUAUCAGAUGGAAUAUGGCACGAAGUUCGUCUAGAACGAGAAGGUAAUAGUGCUCGAGUAAUAGUUGAUAAUAAACACGUGGCCAGUGGUAACGCACCUGGUGUUAAUGGAGUAUUGAAUCUUCAAUUGGACGACAUUUAUUUCGGAGCAGAAGUGAAGCAACAUCCAACUGUACUGGGUUUCGAAGACAUCCAGCGUGGAUAUAUGGGGUGCAUGGACGACAUUAAACUAUCAAAAAUUCCUGUUCCAUUGCAUAUGAAUGGAGCUAGUUCGGUGGCUAGUCUGAGGCGUUUCGCUAAUGUUGAGUUCAGCUGCGAUGCAUCAUCUAUAUUGGUUCCACUGGGAGUUUGUGGUACACAACCUUGCUGGAAUGGAGGUACUUGCACUGAUAUUGGUGCUGGUAACUUUGAAUGUCUGUGUCACUCGCGUUUCUCGGGGCCAUUCUGCAAGGAAGAUAUGGAUCCUUGCGCUUCAUCUCCUUGUUUGUUCGGAGGAAAAUGUAACAAGAUGAAUACUGGAAAUUAUACCUGUGAUUGUCCCGCAAGGAUGUCUGGAAGUCGGUGUGACUACGGACGGUUCUGCACUCCAAAUCCAUGUCGAAAUGGGGGAGUUUGUGAAGAAGGCGACGAUGGCCCAUUAUGUAUGUGUAGGGGAUACACUGGAACCACUUGCGAGAUUGACAUUGACGAGUGCGAGAAGCAACCCUGUGGAAAUGGUGCAACGUGCAUCAAUGAAGCCGGCAGCUUUCGAUGUGUUUGCCCACCUGAAAUGACCGGUGCAAGCUGCGGCGACCCCUUGUACACGUUUCCUCUGAGAAUUCCUGGGUUCAACACUGUAACCCAAGAGCAAUGGAUCAUCGUUCUUUGUACCAUUGUUACCAUAGUAAUAUUGGUGAUAGUAAUUUGGGGAGUUACUUGUGCGUGUAAGAAAAAGAGACGAAGACAUCGACACGAAAAGAUAAAUAACGAUCCGAAAGCGAUGGUGUUAAACUCAGUUUCGGAUAACUCUCAGUAUAAGCGUUCGUCCAAAAUGAGUAAUCUAGAGAUCAUUCAAAGGGACAUGCAGCAACGCCCUGUAUCAUACACCCCAAGUAGCAACAAUGAUCACGCAUAUACGUGCAAUACAAUGUUGCAGUACAACAAUCUGGAUACUCUCAGAAGCUACGGGUCUGCUGGUGAUGAAUUGGAAAACGUACCUCCAGAGUAUCGCAAAGCGUCAGCCAGACCCAACCAACAGUUGGUGAAUAUUAAGAGUGGCAAUUCAUCGGGGGAGAGCGACUCCUUGCUUAAACAAAAGUGGUCUGAUCAGAUGCAGAUGCAAACCUUCACCGACAGCAAAAUCAAUAACGAUCUGAAGCGAAUAAGUCCAAUUUCGUCACUGGACUCCCACCGAUCCGCUUCAUUGAAACAACAGCAGACAGGUAUUCUGCCCGGUCGAUUACUCAAUAUGGCCCACUCGCCAACUCAGCAGCAGUCACAGCACGGGUUUGAAGAUUCAUCCGGGCUAUCACAUGGCGCUUAUCACUGGGAUUGUUCAGACUGGGUUGGACGAGGACACCACCCAUUACCGAACAUUACCGAGGUGCCCGGGAGCGAAGUGCCGGACUCAUCUAGCUUCCACAGCAACGAAAGUAACGAGUCGCAUCCGAAGAAUAAUCUUCUACCUCCAAUCCUGGGACCAGUCGAUCCAGCGCGAGAUAUCGAAACACUGAACGAGGACAACGAGUCGGAGUUUGUGGAUGAUUCCGAGUGUGAUCAGAGUGAGCAGCCGCUAUCGUUGGGCUUCGAGCAAAACACUUCCAUUCCAUGUCUGAAUCCCCUCGAUAGCGGUAGCGAGGAUUACAGAUUCAAUACAGUGCCUUUAAAAGUUAAUACACCUGAUAGUUAUCUACGACACCCGAAUAGCUACUUGCCCAAGUACAACAUCCAAAGCGAAACGGAAGGUGAAAGUGCGCCGUUGACAGGCAGCGUCAAUAUCGGCAGUCGCAAACCCCACAACGGAUUGGAGAUAGGUCCUCAUCAGCUAGUCGAGUCCGACGACGAAGACAUCCAAGCGUACGGGUUUCCACAAAAACGACGCAAUCGACGCGCAUCCAGUGAUAUCGAUCUAGUUUUACACAGUGGCGGUGAGGGAAGUUCCCUGCUCAACCACCCGCGAAAUUUGAAUAGCUCCAAUCAUUCGAACAGCGAUCUCUCUACUCACCUCUGCGAAAUCGACGAUUCCGAGUUUGAAUCACUGCAGAACCAUCAUCAUCAACAACAGCAACAGCACCAAUCCAGCUCGUCUCUGUCAUCUGGAGGUGGCCAGACACGAUCUCGUCAGAACAAAGUCAAGUGGGCCAACAUUGUGCAGCAUACGGAGGUUUGACAGCAGCUCGACGGUAGCAACCGAUUAGUGCUAAACGCCAAGACUAGCUCUAGAAUUAAUUCACAUUUCAUAUUUUUUUCUAGGGUAAUGCAUUUUAUUUAUUUUACUCUGAGACUAUUGUAAUAGCUACUUCAUUGUGUAGGAAAUUUAUAACUAUAUUGUCUGCUACCAAGCGUUUAUUAGUUAAUAUAUUUAUGCCAUCAACAGUUUUGUCCAUAAAACUUGAAAAUCAAAAGGGCUGAGUGAUACUUGAAAAAUCACAACCCACUUUGCAACUGACCCAUCUUCUGUGUUUUUUAAAUUCUUUCGGUUUACCCUCAGCUAGAGAUAAAAAUACAAUAAUUUAAUAAGCGAAAUGGAGUGGAUCGUUAUAGCUUAAGUAGAAUAAUAAAUUUACACGAUCGACUUGUAAUGCUUCGAAAGGCAGAUCAGGCACAAGAAGUGUAAACAUAAUAAAACCAUAAGAGAGACGAACAAUGUUGAGAUUACAAAUCACAGACACCUAUCAAUGCAACUGCAUAUAACGAACAGUAAACAGCUAAAUAGAGUUAGUGGCGGAAUAACCAAAAUAAGCAGAAACAACCACGGAAGACGAGUAGUAAACUUCACAGAAUAUUGUAAAACAAUAAAAAAAACGGAAAAUAUUAGGUCUAACAUAUUCUUUGGCAUUUAAAAAGUCUAUAGUGUGUAAGAUUUUUAUGGUGCAGCGACACUGUUCGAAAAAGAAUACAAUCAAUGACUGACACAAAUGAAAAUGAGAGAGAUCGUAGAGCAUAGGAUCAUCAUUUUAUACUAAAUAAAAACCGACAAAAUAUCAACACAUCAAGAGACCGAUUUCAGUUUUUGAUGAAACGAGAAACUAAGUUUUCCAUUACGUGCACGGUAACGAGAAAGUAGAUCGAAAAGAACAAAAACAUAUAAAACAAUUUCGAUAAAUAAUUAAGAAUGGACACUCACCAGUAUUUGUUUUAUAUAUCUUUGUUCCUCAUUCCGAAUAACAGCUUACCAGCAAUGCCACAUUUUUUCCCAAGCACCAGUUGAUCCUGCCGAAGGCGCCCUGUUCCGUUUCACAAACUGUUAUUUUGAACAUUCGAAUUUACUAAAUUUUUAAAUUACAAAAAAAAAACUUCUUACUUUAAUUAUAUAUAACACAUACUAACGAAACUCAGUUAGUUCUAUGGUGCUCUACUUAAACUCAAAAACAAAAUAUACAAUUCAAGAAUGCUACUUGAUCUUUUUUACACUUGUAUAGUAGUGUAAGUUAGGACUAAGUCAUUGCACCACACAUAUUUAUGUUGUAACUGCCAUCAAGUAUCCUUAGCAAUUUUAAACGCGUGCUAGCAGCUUUUAGUUUCCUUAUAAUGUGAAUGCAAUGGGCCCUACUUUUUCGGUAGCUAAUCGUUCUGUAUAAAAGAUUGAUUAUUUUAAGUUUUAAGUUGUUUAAGUUACUAAAACAUAACAUAGGCUAUCACUCCAGAAAAUAUAUUUUGCCUUGAAUUGGAGAAUAUAGCAAAAAAUAUUAACUGCAUUUAGGGACUCAAAAUAUCAAAAAAUUGAAUCAAGAACCGAAAGAGCUAGUUUUCAUUGUAAUAUAAUAAAGUGAGUGAUUAUACAAAAUGAAUUAUGGAUAUUUUCAGUCUCCUCGCCCCAAUAUUUUCAUGAACUUUUUGAAGUGAAAAGUGCUGUUAGAAGAGGCGAAUGCAUUUACUGAUCAUUGUAGGAAUUAGAACAUUUUCAUGUAUUUGUUUCAACACUUGGAAUAUUGUUUAAAAUUUAAAGGAAAAAAUAAAAAAAAAUUGCUCUCUGAAA